AUGGGGAGCAAUGGCAAUCACUCUGAAAUCGAGCACAGAGAUGUACGGUCGAUUCGAAAAGCAAUGUACGAUAAACGUCGAAAAAAUUAUCCCGCUUUUCCAAAAUCACUAAGGGAGUCAAUUGAACAACUUAAAGCAAUGGAAGAUAACGAUAUAAUACAAUUUCAAGAUAAACAAUUUGUUUUUAUUCCCGACAAUAAACUGUUUGUUUGUGUUACUACGGAACAAAAUCUUACUUUUAUGACAAGUACAAGUGAAUUUUUCGCUGAUGGUACUUUCAACUAUGCACCAAAAUUUUUUGCCCAACUUUAUACAAUCAAUUGUUUUAAAAAUGGGUUUUAUGUGCCAGUGGCAUACUUUUUAUUACCAAAUAAAUCAAAGCAAAUUUACGCAGACAUGUGGUUGUUUUUACAAGAACUAUGCGAACAAAUUAUUUUUAAAAAAUUGUUGGUUCUUAAACUACAUUUGGAUUUUGAAAUCGGUGCCCAUGAAGCGGCAAAAGAAGUUUUCCCCAACAUCGAAAUAGAUGCAUGUCGAUUUCACUUAGGACAUACUUGGUGGCGCAAAAUUAAUUCUGAAAAAGAACUUCGCUUGGCCUACUACACUAAGAACUCCGAUUUGGGAAAAUGGUUAAAACUUUUUUUUGGAUUACCAUUUUUACCUUUUCAAGAUAUCCAAAAUGCGUUUGGUGAACUCAUAUAA